UCCGAUGCUCACCAAGUGUGAAAUGGAUAAAACUCGUUGUAAUUUCUAAAAAUCUAUCAUUUUAUUGCUUCAUAGUGUUUAGUGAUAACAUACGAUAAGAGAGCACCUACAAAUGAACAGCAGAUAAAAAGUGUGCGUCUACCGAACCCGUGCUGAACAGUUUCCAUCAACUGUUCAAGGACUUCAGUUGGGCCUCCGUGAUAGUGUAUAGUGACUGAGACUGGUGUCAAGUGCUCUGCCGAGGCCUCUGAAAAGUGUGACGGACUGUCGAAAUAGCAAGCAAAAUGUUUCUGAAGAAAGUGGUCUCGAUCCUGGUCAUCUGCAUAGUGACCCAAAGUGCGCUGGCCGAAGAAAGCAAAGAAGCCACCGAGAAUGUCCUGAACGAGCUCAGCUGGUCCUGUGCGAACAAUGCCUCCUGCGUGACCCGGGUGGCCCGCGACGUGGUGCACAAGCUGAAGAACGGAAAACCACUGGACUUCGGAGCGUUCAGUGUGGAACCGGUCGAGCACAUCCCGUUGGCCGUCGAGGGACGAUCCUCGCGGGCGUUGGACUUCUUCAGCAGCAAUGCCCUGAAGUUCCCGGUGGGACCGAUGGUCGUCAACAUUGAACGUUCCUCGGAGUACCCCAACUAUAUCGAGAUCUCUCUGCUCAGAAAGGCCGAUGGAGCACGAGGCAAAACCCGCAGGCACAUGCGUUUCUUCGUGCCAGCUUUCCUGGUCUUCAGCCAAAUCGGCUGGUACGCGCUCGCCAUCGCCGGUGUCAAGCUGCUCGCGAUUAAGGCCUUUUUAGUCGCCAAAAUUGCCCUAAUUGUCGUUGCAGCGAUGACCUUCAAGAAACUCAUGGAACCAGUCGCCGUCCUGCCCCCGUCGUACUUUGACCAUCAGGAGCCGUACCUGAUGCCGUACAGCAUGGACUUCCACCACGGAUUCCCCGGCGCUGGACACGACAUGUACCCAAUGGGGCUGGGCGCCCACCUGGGACACCACGACGGGCCCUCCGCUCUGCACGCCGCCGAAGGUGGACUUGGUGCCGCUAGCAAUGUCAACGCCGUCGUCGAUACGAACCAAGCCGCGGACAAGUCGGCCACCGUUGGAUCGUCGUCCACCAGUGGAGCGUCCUCGCCGGCAGCCAGCAACAACGACCAACGUCAUCACUAUCCCGGAGGCAAGAUCAAGCGACAGGACUUCUACCCAGCGGCAGUGGUGGCCCAGACCGGAAAGUACUACUGAACACCCCGGACCCCGGACAGGAUUCAGACAUCUCUGAACCCCCUGGAUUGCUGACACCCCGCGGAGUGUUAGUCAAGAAGAAGCCAAAGCCACCCGUGUAGUUGUGUGAAAUGAAACAGAUGAAGCAGAGUAGAAUGUAGAAGAAACAGGAAGUAGAAGCAAAUCGCAGGAUUCUACCUCCAAGUCCAAGUCGCGCCGCCGCCACCCAUCCCUGAAACCAUACCUCCCCCCCAUAAAAAAUGACGAUAACUAUUCCCGGAGAGAGAAAGAUCGUGAACCACCCUUAUCAGAAGCUGAUAGAAGAACUGUUUAGUACGUAGUCAUAGUAUUUAUGCUGAGCUUCGGGCCCGGUCCUGCUUGCCUCAAGCAGGUCCGGCCGAAAGCGUUUCAAUUCUGUUGUAAAAUUGAUUUCAGCUGCGCCUCUGCUGUAGAAUGCUACCUUAAACUAAUUAUUUAUUUAUUUAUUAAAGAACUGGGAAAUUGAAAAUCAAAA